AAUAAACGCAUCUCCGUAUUCGUUAGUUUUUUUUCCGUUAACAUACUCUUCGGUAUUCUCAAGGGCAAGAUUCAUGUAUCCAUCCAAACAACUAAGGAUUCCUAGUACAUUGUCAGUCUCUAAAUUACACUCCCAAAAUCCUCUGCAUCGUAACAGCUUCGUUCUUUAAACACUGUGCAUAGACGCGAACUAAAUCCUCAUCCAUCAACCCGUUAAAUCCAUACCUUUGUAGUCAACACCGGAAUUAAGACGAAUGAACACAGGUUUUCCGAUCACCUUAUUCAAAAACUCACUGGGGGAAGAGUCCAUUGCUACACGUUAUUAUGUAUUGUAAGAGACAGAAUGCUGUUACUGAAGGGUCCAAUUUCUCAACUUCAACGUGGUGGUAGUGCGUCUUUAUUGGUACUUCAAACAGCCCGCACUAAGCAAGCAAAAUCGUAAAACGAGAGCUGAAGUGCUCCUAACUACAUUUGCUGGAACUCGUCUCGUUGCCUGACUAAUUGGAAGGGAAUUUGCGUUUAUUUUUGGCAAGCCUUUUACUCAAAUGACAUUAGUGACUCCCGCGGAGAUUCCGCGGUGAACCCACUAUACACAUACACCUAGCACCGUGUCCACUACCUGGCAGUGUUCACCGUUAACGAACCAACUUUUGCAAAAAUGUCAUCUCCAGCACCGCCGGCGCAGAUGAAUGUACCCCAAUUGUCCAUACAUGACGCUCCUCCAGAUGUUUUGGCCGUAGCAGCUCAAAUAAAUGAUUAUACAAAGAUGAUCGCUGGUGCAAAGUAUCCUUUUGGAAUUCCUCCUCCUUAUCCUCCAGCUAAACCAAAUGCGGCUCUGUCGGCUCAGGUGAACAAGAUGAAACAGACCGGAAACGAUGCUUUUAAGCGUAAAAAAUGGGGAGAGGCUAAAAGACUUUAUUCAAUGGCUUUGAAAAUGGCUGCUAGUCGGUAUCGGUGGGAACCAGCAGCUUUAACAGCCGAGGAGACAAGUACUUUGCUUUGCAAUCGUGCUGCUGCUGAACUUGCAUUGGAGGAGUAUCCAGAAGCACUUGUGGACGCCGACGCUGCCAUUAGUAUCCGAAAGAAUUACGGUAAGGGCUAUUAUCGGAAGGCUAAGGCUUUAGAAGCUAUGCAUCGUUUUGACGAAGCAAAACAAACCGCCAACGACGGCUUAUUGUUGGCAGACCCGGGAACAAGAAACGAAUUGGUCGCCUUGUGCGCCGUUUACGAAAAGAACUAG